GGCACCAGGCCACUUUUCUGCUUGAACAAAAGAAACUUUUGCCUUGAGUUGAGGAGGUUCAGGCUGAUUGACAGCGAGCGCUUCCGGGGACUUACCAGGCACAUCACCGCGCUGAAGGCUUGUCACCCACUGAAUACGGCCCGCUCUGACUUAUUUGUCCUGGUUUGAUUUACGAGCGGCCGCGAGGCCUUGCUGAGGGACCUGCUCCUGCCCGUGCAGGUUUCAGCCAGUCUGGCUGGGGAAACACACGUAUUGACCUAUGGUUUCUCCAGUUGGGCCUCACCUCGCUCUGACCGACGUGUACCAGGCUCCUUCUGCAGCUCUUUUGCGUCCAGACUCUGCGGCGGAGCGAUCUCCGUGGUGGCCGUUCCUGCUCACGUGGCUGGGGGUUGUUUCUUCUCGCUUUUUGCUCUGUGCUUUGCCUCACUGCGCGGACGACAGCGUCUCGGUGAACGCGUGGGCUGAAAGGAGGGUUCGCUUCCAGGUGAGGUUCCUCAUGGAAACCUCCUGCUUGGACUCGCUUGGAGAAAGCAAACGUUUGUGGGGCUGCCGGGCGCGGGGGCACAUUCAAAGCCAGCUCAUCCGAUGGCAAAAAACAAACAUCCGGAUUUCUGUGCUCAGCUGUAAAACAUCCCCGUAGCCUGGAAAACCCCGUUUCCCUGUUGCAGCUGCACAGGAUGACUUUGUUAGUCUCGCAGGGGAAACCCGUAGCCCCAUGGGAACGGGAGCGAGAAGCACCACCACGGGUAACAUGCCGGUGUCGCCCUUGCCCGACCUCCCCGUGUGACCUCCCGCACCCCGGGUACUGCAGCGUGCAUCUGCCGCGACCGACGGAACGGUUGAGGUUGGAAGGGGCCUCUGGAGAUCGUCCAAUCCAACCCCCUGCUCCAGCAGGGUCACCAGAUCACGUUGCCCAGGACCCUGCCCAGACAGCUCUUGAACGUCUCCAAGGAUGGAGACUCCACAACCUCUCUGGGCAACCUGUGCCAGUGCUCAGUCACCCUCCCAGGAAAAACGUUUUUCCUCAUGUUCAGAUGGAGCUUCCCGUGUUUCAGUUUGUGCCGUUGCCUCUUGUCCUGUCGCUGGGCACCACUGAGAAGAGUCUGGCCCCAUCCUCUCUACACCCUCCCUGCAGAUACUUGUACUCAUUGUUAAGACCCCCACUCAGUCUUCUCUUCUCCAGGCUGAGCAGUCCCAGCUCUCAGCCUCUGCUCGUAUGAGAGAUGCUCCAGUCCCUUCAUCAUCUUAGUGGUCCUUCGCUGGACUCGCUCCAGUAGCUCCAUGCCUCUCUUGUCCUGGGGAGCCCAGCACUGGACCCAGCACUCCAGAUGCAGCCUCAGCAGGGCUGAGCAGAGGGGCAGGAUCACCUCCCUUGAACUGCUGGCAUGGCUCUGCUCCGCCUAAUGCAGCCCAGGAUACCGUUGGCCUUCUUGGCCACGAGGGCACGUUGCUGGCUCAUGGUCACCUUGUUGUCCACCAGGACCCCAGGUCCUUCUCCGCAGAGCUGCUCUCCAGCAGGGCAGCCCCCAGCCUGUGCUGGUGCCUGGGGUUAUUCCUCCCUGGUGCAGGACCCUGCGGUUGCCUUUGUUGACCUCCAUGAGGUUCCUCUCUGCCCAUCUCUGCAGCCUGUCGAGGUCCCUCUGAAAGGCAGCACAAACCUCUGGUGUCCUGGCCAGUUUUGUAUCCUUAAUGAGUAAGUUGAACAAUACUGGACCCAGUACUGACCCCGGGGGACACCGCUAGCUCCAGGCCUCCAACGAGACUUGGUGACAUUGAUCGCAACCCUCUGAGCGCUGCCGUUCACCUCACUGUCCACUCAUCCAGCCCGCACUGCUGAGCUUGUCGGUGAGGAUGUUAUGGGAGACGGUGUCAGAAGCCUUGCUGAAGCCAAGGCAGACAACCGCCCCUGCUCUCCCCUCAUCUCCGCAGCCGGUCACUCCUCGGACAAGGCUCUCAGGUGGGUUCAGCAGGGUUCCCCUGGGUGAAUCCAUGCUGACUGCUCCUGAUCACCUCCUCGUCCUUCGUGUGCUUGGACGUGGUGUCCGGGAUGAGCUGCUCUAUCACCUUCCCAGGGACGGCAGUGAGGCUGACUGGCCUGUAGUUCCCUGGCUCCUCUUCCUCAGCCUUUCUGAAGACUGGAGUGACAUUUGCUUUCUUCCAGUCCUCAGGCACCUCUCCUGAUCACCAUGACCUUUCAAAGAUGAUUGAGUGGCCUUGCAAUGAUGUCCACCAGCUCCCUCGGCACUCGCGGGUGCAUCCCAUCAAGGCCCAUGGACUUGUGGAUGUCCAGUUUGCCUAAAUGAUCUCUAACCUGCUCCUUCUCCACCGAGGACAAGUCUUCCUUUCUCCAGACUCUCUCCCUGGUCUCCAGGGCCUGGGAUUCCUGAGGGCCGGCCUCAGCAGUAAAGACUGAAGCAAAGGUGGCAUUCAGCAUCUCUGCCGUCUCCAUGUCCUUCAUCACCGGGGCCCCUGCCCCGCUCAGCAGUGGGCCCACGGUCUCCCUAGCCUUCCUUUUGCUGCUGGUGUCUUUAAAGAAGACUAAGGUCAUCUUGGUGCAGCCUUUGGGGUUCAGGCUAGCUUCUCCUAGCUCUGGGCCUCCUGGGGCCUCCUGCCCGGAGAUGCUGUCGGGGAAACUGCGGGCAGGCGAACGCCGGGGCUCCCCGGUUUCACGGAGGUUUUGGGGCAGCCGUGGGUGAGAGGCGAAGCCCUUCAUGCACGGGGCCGGCGCUGCAAAAACACUCCAGAAGCCAUUUAAAACCCUUUCACGUUUCUUUGGCUGCUUCCCUGCAGAUCCCUGUAUACAAAUCCCGGGAUCCCCGUGCGUGAAAAGCGGGAUAACCACAGCCGAGCCCUGUCCACUUCUCCUGUCCGCUGCACCCUCCUUCCGCAUUCGCAACACGGCUCUCGCCCGGGCCGGGGGAGGACGGAUCCGUCGGCAUCUCCCGGCCGCCUGAGGCUGGAUGCGUAAAACCGACAGGUCCGAGCGGACGGACAGGGAAAAGGGAAUUUAGCGCUGGUGCUGAGCCCAGCUCCUGCACCCGCAGCCUGGGAGGCACUGGGAUGCAAUGGGCGAGGACACGAAUGCGUUAAAGGAUGCUGCAGGGUUUCUCUGGGCUGGUUUGGGGUUGGUCCGGGCUGAUUUUGGGUUUGGCCAUGGAAGAUUUGGGGUUCAACCAAGCAGGUUUGGGUUCAGCCAGGCGAUCGCUGGGUUGGCUGGACUUUUUUCCGGCCGAGAGCGAAUUCCCCGGGCGCAGGCGCGCGCAUCCCUGUGCAAACUCUCCCCUCCAUCCGUGCCAGGACGCGGCCCACGGGGAAUUUCCCCGCGGGGGGAGCGUUGGCCCGGGCUCGGCAUAAAAGGGCCCCCCGGCUGCGCCUUGCCCCGGAGCCGGGAUGCCGGCUGCGGGAGGCAGGAUGCGGCCGUGCCGGGCGCUGCCGCUGCUGCUGCUGCUGCUGGCCGGAGCCACCACGCCGGAGCCCCGGACCGCGAGCACCGCGGAGGCCGUCUCGGCAGCCCUGGUGCUGCUCGACGCCGAGGCGACGAGCCCCGACGCCCCGCGGCAGCCCGGCUGGGUGAGCGGCGAGCCGGGGGCCCGAGGCCGCGGUGAUGGCCGCCCCGAAGCGGACUCCGUCGCGGAGGAGACGACGUGCCGGACCGGUGGCGGCGGCGGGUGUGGGACCCGCCGGCUCAGGGUGCUGCAGCGCUGCCGGGGCCUCGUCUUCCUGCGGCAGCCGGGACAGCAGCCCGCCGCGGAGCUCGUCUGCCAGACGGUGCCCCGGGCGCCCCCCCGCCCGCGGCGCUCCAGGCUCAGGGACUUCUUCGGCAAGAUCAAGAAGGGCAUCAAGAAGGGCGUCGAGGGCGUCAAGAGCUUCGUGGAGCGCGGGAAGCUCUGGGUGCGCGGCAAGCUCAAACGCCACAGGGGCAGAGCCCGAGCAACCCCGUCCCCAUCCCCGUCCCCGUCCCCGUCCCUGUCCCCAGCCCCGGGGCAGCUCCACACCCCGCAAUAAAGCAUCCG